AUGGAUCUUGGAAAGGCAAAGCUGCUAAGGACCGGUCUCAACACUCUCCACCAAGCUAUCCAUCCUGUGCACGGGAUAGCAUGGACAGAUGGCAAGCAGAUCUGCCUAACGUCUUUCUACUUUGUCAACGGCGAGGUGAAGUUUGGGGACACCAAUGUUAUUGGGCAGUUUGAGCAUGUCUUUGGACUCUUCUGGGGCCCACUAUGCUGUGCUGGCUCCCCUGCCUUGCUGGCUGUUCAGCACAAGAAACACAUCACUGUCUGGCAGCUGCAGCUGAGCGCCCUUGAACAGAACAAGCUGCUGUGUACCCAAACCUGUGAGAUGAGCGAGCCCUUCCCUCUGCUCUCUCAAGGCUGUGUCUGGCAUCCUAGACUGGACAUCCUGGCUGUACUGACCAAGAAGGAUACCUCCGUAUUGUUUUCUGUCAGGGUGGACAACAGGAGGGUAAAAGCAGACAUCAAAGGCAGCGGUCUGAUCCACUGUGCCUGUUGGACUAAAGAUGGCACACGUCUGGUGGUGGCUAUAGGCAGUGCUCUCCAUUCUUAUAUCUGGAAUGAUAUUCAAAAGAGUUUGGUUGCUUGUUCCUUCUGCCCCAUCUUUGAUAUUGGAGGCUACAUCUGUGCCAUCGAAGCCACGGGGGACACACAGGUGGCUGUGGCUACAGAGCUGCCUCUCGAUAAAAUCUGUGGGCUGAAUGCAGGCAUAGCCUUUGAUUUGUCCAAUGAAGCCGAGUCCCUGCAUAACCAGGGCUCACACAUGGUCAUGUCAGACAAUGAAAGUUUUCUGGACUCACGAAGGCGAUCGAUUGAAUCUGAUAGGCCAUAUAUAUCAUCCAGUUCGGGACCCGUAGAUCUCACCCAUCUGUUGGCCAGGCACCGUCGCUCUGACCCCAGUCCCCUCAUCCACCUGCGUCGGCGGGACACAGUGACAGGUUCUGGCCAGGACUCUUCCCAUCUCAUCCUGGUCACCUAUGAGCGGAAGGUCACCACCACUCGCAAAGUUAGCAUCCCAGGAAUUCUGGUCCCCGACGUUGUAGCCUUUGAUCCACAGGGUUCCACUGUUGCUGUAGCAUCCAACACCUGUAACAUGGUGCUGGUGUACUGCAUCACACCAUCAGCCAUGCCCAACGUCCAGCAGAUCUCUCUGCAGAAGAAUGAGAGGCCUAAAGGUGUCUGCUUCCUCAAUGACAAGAUGCUGCUGCUGAUGGUUGGCAGGCAGAAGUCCAAUGAGCCUGCUUUCCUCCCUUCUUCCAACACAGAUAAAUACAUCCUACGAAUUAUAGCCAAAGAUUUGAUGUAUGAUCAAGAGACCCCUAUCACGCCGUCCUCUGCAGUCCACAACCCUGAGAACACCUCUAAUUUUCAAGCAGGGAUUAGGAGGCACUCAGAGCACCUGUCUAAGGAUGACAGGGAACGUCUGGGGAUAAAGGACUUGGUGCUGCCUGGAGGCGGAGUAGUCCGCUCCCCGGGCAGUAGGCACAAGUUGGUGGAGGAGCUGAAGAGUGGUGAGCCCAGCCCCGUUGCCAGCUCUGUGGACUUCUCUGACCGAGCAUCAGACAAAGCCAAUUCCAGCACCUCCUCUAUCACUGAGAGAGAGAAUUUCGACAUGGAUCACGUCAGCCGUAUAGCCAAUUUAGGGUUAAUGGGGCAGGUCAGUCGGGAAUCCAGCCGGGCCAGUUCGCCCCGCUACGAGCCGUCGGACAAGUUGCACACUGAGUCCACACUGCCCAUGCCUGACAGGACCUCUGGCUUGGCCAAGGAGCGCUCGCUGGAGCAUUUGAUUCAGAACAUGGAAAGGCUCUUUAACCGCUUUGCAGAUGUACAACAGUGCCUGACAGAAAUUAGAGAUUAUACUCAGAAUGGGAGGAAGGCCCUGAGUGUCUACCCAAGUACUUCUGAAUUCCCCUACGUCAAUGUUACAUGUCAGAAGCAAUUGUCAGAGAAUGUGUUCAUUGACGAGCGGAGGCCCGUGCUGCUGUGCGAGGGGAAGCUUUGUCUGCGUGCCCUCCAGGACCUCUUCAACCUCUCCAUUGUGGAGAUGAUGUAUGGACCGUUGUGGAUUGUGUUGGUGGCAGAUGCAGACGGCUUUGUGCCUUUGACUUUCAAGCCCAAAGAAGAACUCACUGUACGGAACGGUAAAAGAAAGACAACCCUGCGGACCCCUGGAAGUCCAGAGAGCUCCUGCCCGCCCAGUCCAGUCCCCAGCACCAACACAACCACAAGUCCAAACACAACCACAGAGCCCUCAGCAUAGCGCCUCAGCAUUUGAUCUCCUGCAGUGGUAUCCCCCGAUACCCAAUUAAUUGCAACAAGCUCCAAGUACACAAGGAUAGGCAGAAACUACGGAGCAUCUGGACAUGUGUAGAACCUCAAAAAAAUAAACUCAUUAAAUAUACAAACUUGGGGUGAUGCCCAAAAUGAGACAACCAAGGCAGAGCUGCCGCUGUUUAACCGCUUGCAUUUUCAGUUCUAACAAAUUAUGUUUUUGUACGGGGAAACUGUCGCACUUUUUAAAGGGCUGCCUUGACAAACAGAAUGUUUACAUUGAUGUUUAUGUGUAGAUGCUUUGCUAUGGAAGUGCACAAACAAGUUAAAAAGAAAUUGGACAACUGACUCCUGUAUGUUUGGUUGGGUGUUGUAUUUUAAUUGCAAAGAUGGACAAAAUUAGGACGAUUUAAUUAAAAUUUGUAAA